AUUCGCAAGGUCACAAAAAGCUUCAAACGCGAGUUAAAUAUUAUAUUUAAACUUGAACUUGGUGGUAACUUUAUGAAUUUCGACAAUCAAAACGUUGGGCGCCGUAUUUUCUUGUUUCACUUCCUCAUGCUAGCUUUGCGUUUUUUCGUAUCAGCAUGAUUACACUAUUCUUUUCGAAUAGAGAGUCAUUAAGUUAGAUUCUUUCACUGUGGCAAGUUCAUAGCGAUCCGGGUCUAUAAUGGGGUUCCUAUGCCGGGCGACUCUAGCAGCAUUUGUAGUGUUUGUUGCAUUCUCAGUAUACAAGUUCAGGGAAUUAACCAAACCAAUAGACGCUCCUACAUUAGACCUAGAUGAAUAUUGGGGACCAGGCAAGAAGUCAAAUUACAAGGAGAACACGGAAGUGGUGGAAAACAAAUUCUUCUUUCCAGAUGAGGUGAUCGAUACUUUGAGAAAAGAUUUGAAUAGAACAUUCGAAUUCCAAGCACCACUUGAAGGUAUUGGGUUUGAAUAUGGAUUCAACACAGUCUACUUGCAAAAGGUCAUAAAGUAUUGGCGUGAUGAGUACCUGCCUAAGUGGAGGAAGCGCGAGCUCUUUUUGAGAAAAUGGCCUCAUUUUACAACCAAUAUUCAAGGAUUGCGCAUCCAUUACAUCCACACACGAUAUGAUAGUCCACCAAAAGGAAAGAAAGUUUACCCAGUUCUGCUUCUCCAUGGAUGGCCUGGUUCUGUACGAGAAUUUUACGAUAUGAUACCUCUACUAGUUAACAACGCCGAUAGCGAAUACGCUUUUGAAGUCGUCGUUCCAAGUUUACCAGGAUAUGGUUGGUCGCAGGGUUCAGCUAAGCCAGGGCUUAGUGCAACUGAAAUAGCUGUGAUAUUCCGCAAUCUAAUGUUCCGUUUAGGCUACAAGAAAUUCUUCAUUCAAGGAGGCGACUGGGGUGCAAUUAUUGGAUCAAAUAUUGCUACACUAUUUCCAGAUGCAGUUUCAGGAUAUCACUCCAACAUAUGUUGGUCUAAUGGACUCCUUUCAAUGAUCAAGACCACAAUUGCAAGUUAUUAUCCAAAACUAUUCGUUCCGGAGGGAUAUGAGGAUUUUUUCUUCCCACAAUCGGAAAAGUUCAAGUUUCUACUUGAGGAAAGCGGAUAUAUGCAUAUCCAAUCUACGAAACCAGAUACAAUUGGAGCAGCAUUAACGAAUAACCCCGUCGGGUUGGCUGCUUAUAUUUUAGAGAAAUUUUCGACAUGGACAAACAAAGACUACAGGAAACUAAGUGAUGGAGGUUUGGAGAAAAAGUUCACUUUGGAAGCUUUACUGGAUAAUAUUAUGAUCUAUUAUUUGACAAACUCAAUCACAACAUCUCAACGACUUUAUUCAGAGACCUUCAAUGCGCGUGUUUUCUCACUUCAAAUGGAACGUGUUCAAACCAAUGUUCCAACAGGGUGUGCCCGUUUCAAACAUGAUUUAGCCCAUGGUUUGGACUGGACUCUGAAGGACAAAUUCACGAAUCUUAUCCAUAGUACAUAUCAUAAGGAUGGUGGUCACUUUGCUGCUUUUGAAUUGCCUGAAGUACUGUAUAAAGAUUUCAUCGAAUUUGUAGAAAAAGUUGUUAAAUUAAAUAAUUUAUAAAUUUUCAAAAGUGCUUUUGUACUCAUGAAUAAAGUUUUUGCUUUGCGUAUCUU